CCUUCUUUCUUUCUUUCUUCUUGUGGCUCCUAUGCAAGCUUGUCGCUGAUUUGCCUACUGGUACUGCUAGCAUGCCCAAGCAUUAUUCUCCAACUAGCCUCUUCUCCCACUAUAUAAGCUACACCACUGCCCUCAUUCUUGUUGCAUACAAACACAAGCAAAACAUUGCCGGUGAUCUAGCAACCGUAGCAGCAGCAGCAAUAGUAGUAGUAACAGUAGCCAUUCCAAUCUACCUUAGCUUUCUUUCUUGUUGAGAAGCCAGAGCCCACUCAAGCAUGAGUUCAUCGUGGACAUUCAAGCAGAACAAGGUAUUCGAGGACGCGCUGGCCAAGUACGACAAGGACACGCCAGACAGGUGGCAGAACGUGGCGCGGGCGGUCGGGGACGGCAAGUCGGUGGAGGAUGUGAUGAAGCACUUCGCGAAGCUGCAAAAUGACGUGGAAGAGCCGGCCUUGAAAGAGAUGGUAAGGUACUACCGGGAGCUGGAAAACCGCGCCGGCGGCGGCAGCAGCAGCAACAACGCCAAGGGCGGUUCCAGCCGCGGUGGCAGCAGCGAGCAGCCGAGGUAGCCAUGGUACCUCAAGACCCAGUGAUGGAUGGGCUGGUGCAAGAAGGACCUAAACGGCCCUCGAGCACGGCUAGCCUCCUCCCUUUCCACCAGUACUAUCUACACUACUAGAUACACAUGACCCCAUGGUGAUGGUGAUCCGGUCAUGUACCUAAAGUAGCUAUAGCUAGCGCUCUCCGAUGAUGAUGACGACGACGACGAGAAGGAAAAGUCCGGGACAUAAUCAAGCCCCGCAUCGGAGCUGUAUCUUUCGUAUAUUUUGUACCCAUUGUCUACGUGUAUAUGACCCACCACGAUCCAUGCAUGUCCCCGGCUAUCGGACGCGACGGGCGCUUGCAUCUUGGCGUAGUGGUCUGUCUCUCUGUCGAAUCUGUUACCUGAUUUAUAUACUGUCUGAUGGAAAUUCUAGUCUACGGAUUACUUA